AUGUUUUAUUAUACAUUUAGUUGUUUAUAUAUUUCUAUUAUAAUUUUUAAUAUAACAUUUAGUUUACCUUUGAAAAAUGUUAUAGAAGAUUCAAAUACUACUACAAUUGGUUAUGCUCAUAGAAUAUCUGGUAUGAAUAGUGAUGAUGAUUCUAAUUGGACAGUAAUUUCUCAUGAAGCUCUUCAUGAAGCAUUAAAUUCUACAGAUGAUUCAUUGGAACAUGAUGAAGAACUAACAACAACAAUGUCAUUAUUAUCAUCAUCAUCAUCAUCAUCGUCAUCAUCACCUAUGACGAUGACGACAGAAACAAUGACUACAUUAGAAUCAACAGAAAAUAUUAAAAAUUCACAACAACCACAAUCAAUUAUGAAUAUAUCAGAAGAAAAAAAAGAAUUAACAAAACCAACAACAUCUCUAGUUACUAUCAUACCAGAGAAAACAUCAUCAUUAUCGUCAUUUUCAACGACACCAAUGGUAGAAACAACACAUAACUCAUAG